CAAUAAAAAAAAAGCAGAAAAGGAAUUUCGAUAAAAAUAAAUAAAUUAAUAUUAUCUCUUCUUCUCGUUCCCAUUCAUUUUACCCUAAAAUCGAUAAACCACGGCCACCCACAUCGUCCUCUGAAACCCUAGCAACGUCAGAUCGCCGCCUUCUGUGUCAUCCUUUACUUGGGCUUUGAUUUCCAGAUUCUGAUGAAACCAGAUCGGGUCGUCUACCUCUAGAUCCGUUCUAGGUUUUUUUUUUGUAGUUGUUUUGGUUGGAUUAUUCAGCGUCUUAUUAUCAGUCCUCAUCAUCAAUCCAGAUGCUCCUCAAAUCCAUCAUUCAUAGAGAUGUCUCUGUUUCUGAAAGACGAUUCUAUUCAAAUCCGCGAAGUCUGGAACGAUAACCUUGAAGAAGAGAUGGAUCUGAUCCGAGACGUCGUCGACGAUUUCCCUUACGUCGCCAUGGACACUGAGUUCCCCGGCAUCGUCGUCCGACCUGUCGGAACUUUCAAAUCCAACGCCGAUUACCACUACGAAACCUUGAAGACCAACGUCAACAUCCUCAAGAUGAUCCAGCUUGGCCUCACCUUCUCCAACGAGCAAGGCAACCUCCCAACCUGCGGCACAGACAAGUAUUGCAUCUGGCAGUUCAACUUCGGAGAAUUCGAUCUCGACUCCGAUAUCUUCGCGGUCGACUCCAUAGAGCUGCUCAAACAAUCAGGCAUCGACUUGGCCAAAAACACACAAGACGGGAUCGACUCCAAGAGAUUCGCGGAGCUCCUCAUGUCCUCGGGGAUCGUGUUGAACGAGAACGUGCAUUGGGUCACGUUCCACAGUGGAUACGAUUUCGGAUACUUGCUGAAGCUCCUCACUUGCCAGAACCUGCCGGAUUCGCAAACAGACUUCUUCAAGCUGAUCAACGUUUAUUUCCCCACGGUCUACGACAUUAAACACCUGAUGAAGUUCUGCAACAGCCUUCACGGUGGUCUGAACAAGCUUGCUGAGUUGCUCGAAGUCGAGAGAGUUGGGAUCUGUCACCAAGCUGGCUCGGAUAGUCUACUCACGUCUUGUACUUUCAGAAAGCUCAAGGAGAAUUUCUUCGUUGGUCCUUUGCAGAAAUAUUCUGGUGUUUUGUAUGGACUAGGUGUUGAAAAUGGUCAGGUUGCUAUCUAAAAACAAAAAUAAUAAAUAAAAAAAAUCCCUUAAAAAACUC